UGGCAAUUCAUUUCUCGACGACUCAUUAACCCGAAAGCUUAAAUCAGCCAUACGAAAGCUGAACUGCUAAAAGCAAAGUUUUUUUUUAGGGUAAUAGAAAAACUUUGAUUGUAUGAAGACAUGUCAAUCAUGGAAUGCGCUGGUCAAGAAAAUAACUGCUUUAUUUGAGGGGGUAAACUGCGGCUUUAAAAGAAUCAGAUUCGAUUUAUGGGAGUUAUUUGUACAGUUAUGUUGUUCAUUGUAUAUAGAACCACAAAUUAUCAAUACCUUAAGACAGAGAUGGAAACCAAAUUUCACCCUUUCGGAACAGUAAAGGAUCAUCGAUUGCAUUAUGGGAAGUUUAAAGGUUUACCUCGUGGCAUUAUGCAAGCUCGUUCAGAUUUGGAACUAAGGCCUCUGUGGUCAAGCAAUUCGCAGGCAAAGGCUAGUGUUACAACAAAUAAGAACUUGCUAGCAAUGCCAGUUGGUAUCAAGCAAAAAGAUAAUGUUGACGAUGUCGUGCAAAUGUUUAUUGCAGCGAAUUUUUCCAUUAUUUUGUUUCAUUAUGAUGGCAAUGUGGAGGGAUGGUGGGAUCUUGGUUGGGGUGAGAAAGCCAUUCACAUAGUAGCUCAUAACCAAACAAAGUGGUGGUUUGCAAAGCGCUUCCUACAUCCUGAUAUUGUGUCUAUUUACGACUACAUAUUUCUCUGGGAUGAAGAUUUGGGGGUAGAGCAUUUUGACCCUAUAAGGUACUUAGAAAUUGUGAGGUCUGAAGGUUUAGAGAUUUCUCAGCCAGCUUUAGACCCAAAUUCAACAGAAAUACACCAUAGAAUCACUAUACGCGCGAGAAAGAAAAGGUUUCAUAGGAGAGUCUAUGACCUCAGAGGUAAAACAAAGUGUUCAAAUGCAAGCGAGGGGCCACCAUGCACCGGAUUUGUUGAGGGAAUGGCUCCUGUGUUUCUAGAUCUGCCUGGAAUUGUGCAUUGCAUCUCAUACAGGUAA